UUCCCAGCUCCCGACGCGAUGCAAGGGAUCCCCACUGGUCUACCCCCUUCCUGCUGCAACCAGUGGAGACCGAAGGGACGCAAUGCGGACAUGGGUGCUGUGCCUGCUGUUGGGGCUUGUGUGCCUUAUCGCCAUCUCCAUCGCCACCCUGGUGCUACAACUCCCUCCCGAGCUCCUGGCUAGCGCCGGGUCCGAGAAAGAUUCGGGCCAGGAAGGCCCGCCUUUGGUACCGGAGAAGCGAAAGGGAGACCUCGCCAUCAUCGGACCCGCCAAUGAUGUGUCCGGCACUUCUGAUGACGGGGAUAGGGACGUUGCAGCGGGACGGCCAGAGUCACUGCUGGCACCGCAAGACCCGCUACCGGACGCCUAUUUGGUUCCAUCGACGGGCAAUUCACCGGAUACACCCAGCCGAGGAGGGAGCAACAAUGACUUGGAGACAAACGUGGACGUGCUUAGCGCAACAGAUAUUAGCAUUGCAGUCGAAGCAGAAACAACGCCCACUCCGGUUACAUCGCCACCACAGUUGCCAGAGGCCACCAAAGACGGUCGUCCACUCGUCAAUACUACCACCGGCAUGGUGGUGGGCUUCAAAACCGAGGUGCUAGGCCGCAAGCUUGACGUUUUCCUUGGUAUUCCCUUCGCUACGCCACCGUUAGGAGAGCUCAGGUUCAAGAAACCGCUGCCAGUGCAACGCUGGGAGAAUGUUCUGGACGCCAAGGAGAUGGGUCCACCGUGCUACCACAUAUCUUUCGCAUCCAGCUGGAGUUGGGCUGCCAGCAAAAAGCCCGAAAGCGAAGACUGCUUGCACUUAAACAUAUGGACCCCCGAUACAACAGGACGCAAUGAGACGAAGGGCUCUACACAGCUGAGACCCAUGAUCGUCUUCAUUUACGGUGGAGGUUUCAACAUCGGUGCCACCGACUGGGAGUUCUACGAUGGCGGCGUGCUUGCGGCGUACGGUGACGUCGUCGUGGCUUCAAUGAACUACCGACUUGGGGCGCUGGGUUUCCUUAAUGCGGAUAUCGAGGACAUCCCGGGCAACAUGGGACUGUACGACCAGCACCUAGCUUUACGCUGGCUACACGAGAACGCAAGAUCCUUCGGCGCCGACCCUGGCCAUGUGGUGCUAAUGGGCGAAAGCGCUGGCGCCGUGUCUGCGGGCCUGCACCUCAUUUCCCCCAUGAGUCGCAACAUGGUGAAGCGUGUCAUCCUGCAGAGUGGCAGUCCGUUGUGGGACACGCCCGACAACACGGCCGAUGGAGUUAAGAAGGCGACGGAGUUCGCAGAGAUCUUCAAGUGCUCAAACUCCUCGCACAACUUCCAGGAUGGGACCACUGCCGAUGACGUAGUUCGCUGCCUGCGUGACAUCGACGCUGACGCGCUCUUCCGCACGGCCGAAAAAGCUCUGGGCAAGCGUGUGCUCACGUACCACCCUCGUCACGGUGACGACUUUAUGCCAAUCAAUGCGCACGAAGCUCUCAAGAAGGGUCUCUUCAAAGACUCGGACGUGCUCCUAGGCGUGAACAAGGACGAAGGCAGCAUCUUCGUGGCCAACACGCUUCCUUACAUCUUCCUCAACGGCCUCGCGCCGAACAUAACCAAAGACGAAGCGGCGUUCUACCUCAUCUUCUUCUUCCAGUACAUCAUACGGACAGGUACUCGCGACAUCAGGGACCACUACUUCAAGAACAUCAAGGACCGGGACUACCCGAGCGUUCGGAACGCGUUCAUCGAGGCCAUCGGCGAUUAUCUUCAAAUUUGCCCGACCAUCUACUACGGCGAGGUGUACUCGGAGUUUAACAACAGCGUCUACUUUUAUCACUUCUUGCAUCGGCCCAGCAACAGCUACUGGCCUGAGUGGCUGGGUACGGCGCAUUUCGAUGAGGUGGAGUUUGUGUUCGGUGUUCCGCUCAGGUUUCCCAAGCAGUUUACAGAAGAAGAGGUGCUGUUCUCGCGUCACAUUAUGGAUAUCUGGCUGACCUUCACAAAAACGGGCAAGCCGCCGGCCAUGGAUGGCAUCCCAUGGCCUCGCUACUCGGAACUUAAUCCAGUGCACAUGGAGCUCAGUCCCAAGCGGUUCCGGCUGGGCAAAGGAUUGCACGCCGACCACUGUCGCUUCUGGAAGAAGUUCAUUCUCAAGUGACGAACCUUGCGUCCUCAUCGUAGUGCAUUCCCAUUUACAAAGGCAA